GUUUUCAGUCAGCUGAGACAUUUUUGUUUUGGUCCUCCUCCUAGCUGAGCUCAGUUAGCGGUUCUCCAUCUGCUUGCGCUUCUGAGCCCAGGUUUUCACCGACAGCUGAAGAAAAUGAAGAAGUUUUUUGACGACAUUAAGAAGGACAUUAAAUUUAAAUCCGCGGGACCCGGGAAGAAGCUAACCGAAGAGACCAGUUCUAAGCCUGAAGUGGUGCAGAGCAGCUCCAAUGCCAAGCAGAACCGCCAUGGUCCCAGUGAAGGAGCCCAGAGAGCCGGAGCCGCAGCCCUGGCAAGGAUCGAGCAUCAACAGAAGCCGAGGGUUCACACCUCCCAGGACGCCAUCAGAAACCAGGUUAAAAGAGAACUGGAGGCAGAGGCGGCUGCACUGGCUGAGAAAGAAAAGGCUGCUGCAGCAGAGGGAUCCAAAGUGCCAGUGAGAGAUCCCGCGUGUCUCUCCGUGUCAGGUGUGUAUUUCACCUGUCCGCUAACUGGAGCCACGUUAACUAAGAGUGAGAGGGAAGUACACAUUAAAGAGGCCAUUUUAAUGCGGUUUGAAGAGGAUGCAAUUGAGGCCUCUGUUAUGAUGAUUUACACAUUUAACAAAGACAGAGAGAAAGUGAAGGCUGCUGUGGACAUUAUAAGCAAGUAUGUUGAAAAUAUAUGUAAGAAUCCCACAGAGGAGAAAUACAGGAAGAUUAAACUCAGCAACAAGGUGUUCCAGGAAAAAGUGCGCUCUGUGGAGGGCAGCAGAGAGUUCCUGCAGGCUUUGGGCUUCAUUAGCGUUAUGCUUCCUGUAGAGGGACAAGAGGAGGAAGAGGAGUUCCUGGUGUUACCAGAGCAGACUCCUGACGCUCUGGAGCUGAUGAAGGAGAGGAGGGAUCGUCUUCAGAGAGGAGAGCCAGUCAGAGCUCAGCUGGACCGGCAGCCUCAAGCCUUCAGACCUUCACCUAAUGCUCAGCGCUUCGAGCUGCCGCAAGAAUUCUACAACCUGUCGGCAGAGGAGCUCAAGAGGGAGCAACAGCAGAGGAGUGACUUGGUGGAGAAGAACGCGAUGCUGCGCACUAAAGCCAUGAGAGAGAGGGAGGAACAGAGGGAGAGAAGGAAAUACAACUACACUCUGCUCAGGGUCAGACUGCCUGAUGGAAACCUGCUACAGGGGACCUUUUAUGCCUGGGACCGGCUGCCUGUGCUGUUUGGAUUUGUACGGGAAUCCCUGGUGGACGGCUGGCAGCCUUUUGAGCUCAUCGCACCUGGAGGCCAAAAGCUACAAGAAGAUGAAGAAGUCGCUCUCGCGGAGUGUAACUUGGUCCCUGCAGCCCUGCUCACUUUCGCCUGGGAUGCAGCCGUGCAGGCCGACAUCGCGGCUGCAGGUGGAAAGAGUCCCGCCCUCCUCAAACCAGAGCUGCUGGAAACCAUUCGGACCCUGAGCUGAGCAGACGUACUCUGUCCCCAAACUCUCCCUGCUACCUCCCCUCUGUUCCCUCGCAACACUGGAGUGAAAUUGCCCCUUAACUAGUGAUACUUAUUUUUACAAAUUCUAACUUAAGUCAGUAGCAGCGAUAGAUUCGGGGCAACUUCACCCCAAUGUGUUUGUUUUGCUGAGCGUCUCCCUCCUCCUCUGUCCCGUGUGGGAUGAUGUCGCCCUGCAGCCUGCCUCAGCAGCACAUAGUGUUGAAGGAAGCACUACUAACAGAUGUAAGGACAAAGCAAGGGACACAUUUGGUUUUUUUGCAUCCUGAAUGUAGAUGCUGUGUAGUAAACAGACUGUGGCAGCCUUCGUGCUUCGUGUUCUACCCAACUGCCAGGUACUUUACGUGGCAUGUUGAGACCUUGUUUUAACUGUGUCGCCACUUCCUCGACCUUUAAUGAAAGCAGAGCAGGAAUCCAAGUGGUGACAGCAGGUAGAUACCUGUGGCUGUGGCUCCUUUGGUUCUUAAAGGCUGCUGGGUGUCAGUGGCUUUACUAGAGACUUGAAAUGGUCCGUACUUUUGUUCAACAGUGUUCAAGGUUCACUCAGUGUGUAGUCUGACGGUUGUCUGGUCUGAUUGGUGUGAUAUGAGUCUGCCUCCGUUAACUGUAAACACGUAAAGCUUCUGUUGGCCUGUUUGUCCUCUGCAGUGGCCUUGCACUCCCUGAUAUUACUGGACUCACAUCUAUGUUAGCUUCAAGAUAAGCACAAGCCCAAAUCAUGAAUCGUGUGGAUACUAAUUGGACUGGUAUUUUUAAUUACAUUUAAGAUCCAAAUGUAUAAAGUUUUGUAAGAGUGUUAGCCAUGUCCUGACAAUGUGAGGGAGAUUCUACUACCAAAAUAUUUUCUUGUGUUUUACUAGUUUCAAGCACUUUGAGGGAUUAUUUAAAUUUUGUAAAACUCUUUAGGUUGUAAAGAGUCCCCCAUAUACCCUCAAACUUAACACUGAGGUUGAAUCAGAAGCUUCAUGUAAUCAACUCGCUCUGGCAUGCAGAUAGUCAUGAAUUAUAUUUCUAUUCCAGCAGCAUGGACUCCUGUUUUCUUGAUAGCAGUGGUUUUGAUUAUUCUUGAGUCUUGUAUUUGUUUGUAUCAAACACAUUUCCUUGAGAUAUAAAAAGGUCUACUUUCAAACACGGUGGAACUGAAUUCAAUGACUGCUCAAAGCUGUGAAACAGACUGAAGUUUUGUAACCAUCUUUCCCUCAAAACAUUGUCAUUGUAGGUUAAUAUGCAUUUAUUUUGGUUGAUUUCUGUAUGUGAAUCUCUACUCAGUAAAUCUCUAGAUUUCUGCUCGUUGUUGGUUAAGAUAACAGCCUACCUCUCAUCAUUCUCUUAAUACAUCCCAAGUGAGUUGAACACUAACGUGGAACAAAUGGAUCUACAAGGUUAUGGGGUAGUUAAAUGUUUUUGUCAGUUUUUCUAAUUAUUUUCAACACCUUUUGGUCGUUCUAGUAUUUGUUGCACACAAAAUACAUGAAAAAUAUUACCAACUGGGUGUUAAGAAACAAGCUGAUGUCAAGUUUCAUGAUCAAUUCCAGCAUUUGAAAGGCCAAAUCAGUCAUAAACAUUUCUGCACUCUGCUGCGGUCUUCUUAAGCCUGUCCACUAGUUCCUUUGUAUCAGCAUUGUAACCUUCUAAAAUAAUUAUCAAGCAGUUGUGAUCUGUCCAGAUGUUAUGCUCUGAGUUGUGUUCUGUUGCUUUUUGACCCGCCUGUAAUAAAAUUGCUUGCACUGCAUCUAAACUUUUGUUUAAUAAACAGAAUUCUGAGGCAAAUCUGUUAAACUUCA